GAGAUGCUCUGAUCUGAGUUAGGAGACAAGACACCCGCCUCUGAAGAACCAGCGGACCUUGUCCCUUGGGAGGGUAGCCUUGGGGCUCCUUUCCACGCAAGAGUUUACUCCUAACCCGUCAAGAAGCUACUUGUCCAGUUCUCAAUAUCAUUCAGAUCUGAGCGAUCUUCUUCCUCCCCAAUGGAGAACGCUUAUGCUAGAUCAGUACCCGAGGUUCUUGAGUUUUUCGGAGUGGAACUAUCUAAAGGUCUUACAGAUUCACAGGUUGCACGACAUGCUAGAUUGUAUGGAAGAAAUGUGCUGCCUCAAGAGAAAAGUACCUCUUUCUGGAAGCUUGUUCUGAAGCAAUUCGAUGAUUUGCUGGUUAAAAUAUUAAUUGUAGCUGCCUUCGUUUCGUUCUUUUUGGCAUUGGCUAAUGGAGAGACAGGGUCAUCGGCUUUCUUGGAGCCUACUGUUAUCUUGAUGAUAUUAGCUGCAAAUGCUGCUGUAGGGGUAAUCACAGAAACAAAUGCCGAAAAGGCUCUUGAGGAACUACGUGCCUACCAAGCUGAUGUUGCUACUGUUCUUCGUAGCGGCUGCUUUUCAAUAGUACCAGCUACAGACCUUGUCCCUGGGGAUAUUGUUGAAGUCAGUGUGGGCUGCAAAGUUCCAGCAGAUUUGAGAAUGAUAGAGAUUUUGAGCAAUCAACUGCGUGUUGACCAGGCAAUUCUUACUGGUGAAAGCUGCUCCGUAGAGAAAGAGCUUGAUGCAACAACUACUACCAAUGCAGUGUACCAAGAUAAGACGAACAUCCUUUUCUCAGUUGACAACAGCAAGAUACAGUUUUGGGAGACGCUUGAUGAGGUGAUGGGCAGUAUCUGCAGGAUUGGAUUUGGUGAUAGGAACGCAGAAGGGGUUUCACUUUUGCAUUUUGCUGGAGCAAGUGAUUAGGAGGAUCACUUGGUUAUCUUUGUUAGCAGACUGGGGAGGACACAAAUCGAUUACUUCCUUCUGUGUAUGUGUGACCAGGUGCUUUGUAAGGACA